CACGCCAGUCGCUUCUCAGCAGCCGCCCAAUACACACGCCUACACGCGAACGCAAAUAAUCGCGAUUGUUUUAUCUCGUCAAAUAGUAACCGGUUUCAAGUUUGUAAACAAAUACAAAUAAUAUGAGGGCUUGAAUAAACAAAAAUGUCGUUUUGUCGAAUAACCGGUAGGAGCAGAGGGCUGCCGAAGCCUAAUUACUUCCCUCUUCUCGCUCCAAUAUCACCAGCUGAUGCUAAACGGUGCUGUCGGAUUACAGGAAAAUCUUAUGGACUGCCUACUCAUCAUUACAUUCCAGUGUUAUUAGUAUCAAGAUCCAGUAAAACUAAAUGUAAGAUAACAAAUGUUUCGGGAGAGCUGGGCCCGCAUCAUUAUUCGCCUGAAAUUCACUAUGGAAACAGAAAACACGAAAUUUUACCAGACUACAGAUAUAUAUUCCCUGUUUUGGACGGCUCAACGGAUGCUCAGAAGGCUCUCAUAGAAUUGUUAUCUAUGAAGCAGGUGACCGAAGAAAAGAAAUAUGUGUACACAGUUGAUGAAAGGCGAUGUAGCUUGGUUUUCUCAGCCCGUAUGGAAGCAGCUGUGCGUGAUGGUGAUGUUCGAGAUGUUAUGCUUGCUAAGGACUCGGAUACAGUGCUUAUUAAAACAAAACAAGGACGAAGUGUUUCUAUGGAUUUUAAAGAUUUUACGGAAGACGUAGAAAUGUUUGAAGGAGAAGGCCCUAAUGCCGAAGUAUUGAAACAAAGGGAAAUGGAAGAAUUAGAAGAAAGAAAGAAAAAACGUAAACGAGCGGCUGGUUUAUCUUCAAUGAAAAAAAUAUUUGAAAAUAAGGAAAAAUUGGCUGAAGUGCAAGAAAUCGAAGAAGAAAAACUGCGCCAAGAUCGUUUGGCAAAGAAAGCAAAAUUAGAAGUACGACAUGAAAAACAUGAUCUCAAAAGUUUUACGAAUAACAAUUUUGAUGUUGAGCAUAUGCGCUCUAAGUCUAGUAUUAUUAUGUGCAGUGGUGAUUGGAAAGAUCAAGUGCAUCCGAUAAUUGAAUCAUGGGACUGUGAUUUAAUUGAUAAAAAUAAUAGUGAUAAGUAUACUCCAAAGGUGACCUCAUUACCUACGCCUGUGAAGAUAACCCCUUACCACUGUGAAGCCGAAAUAUUUCAAGCUGAUAAUAAUAUUGGUGAAACUUCAAUUGCCCUUGACAAUGUUCCUUGUGUAAAUCCCUUGAAGCCGGUUAAGUCACGGCCGUCGGAGGAAGUUCUGAAUGCAGUAAAACAAAUUUCAACAGAUCGAUUAAUCGACACAGCAAAUGUUACAGAAAAAAUGUUACAAACGAACAAAAUGGAUAUGAUACCUAUUUUUGAAGAAUUACCUGAUAUAGUAAAAAAUAUUAAAAAAGGAAAAAGAGAAAAAGUCGCCAAGAUAUCCGGUCUAACUCUCGAUAUUAAUAAAGCGAAAAAGUUUUUGCCUGGUCAGCACGUAAACACACCUCAAGGUCCUGUGUUCGUGCCAGGUCAAACUGUUGAAACACCAGCAGGACCAGUGUUUGUGCCUGGUCUGAGUGUGAAUACACCUUUAGGAGCUAGUCUUGUUCCAGGACACAUUGUAUUAAAUGAAAACAACAAUGAACCUAUUUUCCUUGCUGGAAAAGUUAUGAAUACAACAGAUGGUGAACAAUUUGUUUGUGGACAAACAGUAAAAAAUAAAGACGAUACUUAUCGAUUUGUUGAAGGACAAACUGUUUUAUCAGAAGAUGGUUUUAAAUUUGUACCAGGAAAAGUUAUAAAUACGGGAUCAGAUGAAGUUUUUGUGCCUGGCCAAACUAUUUCAACCCCUGACGGAGUGCAAUUCAUACCUGGUCAAACCAUUUCUGAAAAUGGGAAUACUAUAUUUACACCUGGACAAAACGCUAAAAUAGAAAAUGAAUGGCAGUUUAUACCAGGCCAGGUAGUAAAUCAAGAUGAUGAGUUACACUUUGUUCCAGGAGCUACGUUAGCAACGCCAAAUGGCCUUAAAUUUGUUCCCGGACAAACAGUUGCUAUAAAUGGAGAAAUAUCCUUUGUACCAGGUAUUACUAAAAUGGAGAACUCUGAAUUAAAAUUCGUACCUGGAACAACUGUUGAUACGAUAAACGGUCCAAAGUUCAUUGAAGGUCAAAUUGUGCAAACUAAUUAUGGAGAAAAAUUUGUGCCGGGAAAAACUAUAAUUCAAGCCAAUGGGCAUGUUGAGUUUUCUGUAGCAAAAUCCAUGGAGGACGUACAAUUUUCUGAUAGUGCACCUGUGGGUCUACCAAUCGACAUUAAGACUUGUUCAGUAUCGGAAGAAUCUUUGUAUGUUUUUGGACACAUGAUACAAACAACAAAUGGUAUUGAAUUCUAUCCCGGCUCAAAAGUACCGAAAAAUGACGGGAAAAUAGUACCCGGACGCUUGGUCAAGAAUGAAGCAGGUGAAUCACGAUUUGUACCUGGAACAAUGGUUGAAGGCAUAUUUGUGCCUGGACAAAUAGUUUUUACUGAAAAUGGAGAGCAGUUUGUUCCCGGCCAAGUUGUUGAUACUAGUGAUGGCCCUAAAUUUGUACCAGGUCAAGUUGUUAAUACAAAAAAUGGACCUAAAUUUGUCCCUGGACAAACAAUUCAUACAAUAGACGGACCUCGAUUUGUACCCGGUCAAAUAAUAGAAACAAAGGCAGGACCUACAUUUAUACCUGGGCAAGUAAUAUCUACCGAUGAAGGUUCCCGUUUUGUACCAGGUCAAGUAGUUGACACAGAAGAAGGGCCUCGUUUUGUUCCUGGAAGAGUGAUUGAAACAGAUGAUAACGGUGUAACAUUUGUGCCUGGGCAGAUAGUUCAAACACCUGAAGGUCUUAAAUUUGUUGCACCAGAUCUUGUUGAAGGAGACGAAGGAUUAGAAUUUUCAGUGCAAAGUUUCUUAGUGACACCAGAAGAAUUAAAACUUCUUAAAGUCAAAACAAAUCCUAACGACACCACAUCAACGAAAGGAGAACUUACUAUUGACACAAAUAUGUUAAGACAACUUUCUGAAGCUGGCAUGUCAAUUGGUAGACAAGUUCCAGCGGAAUUGCCAGCAAUCAAUGUAAUAUUAAAUGAAACAAAGAAUGCAGAGGCUUUAAAAGAAUUUGUGUCAGAUUUUGGUCUUAAAGAUACAGUAGCAAAUCAAUUAAUGGAUGUAAUUAAGUCCAUAAUAGAAAUGAGUGGUCAUUUAAAAUCUGAAAUUCAACAAAGUCAAACCAAAAAUGGUGUAAGAACUUUCAAUCAAACUGGCAAACUGCAGAAAAGUCGAUCCCAAGAGAAGCUUGAUAGUGAGCAGAUUGCUUCUGAAGAAAAAAUACACGAAGAACAUAUUAAAAAUUCAAUAGCUGCUGCUGUUUUGGCUGCUUUGGUGACAGCUGAACAAUUUGCAGGCAUCAAUGAAAAUAAUGGGAAAGAGAAAUAUCACCGCAUUUUGAAAUCUAUUGAUACAAUACUAGGAAAAUCUAUCGAUGAAGAUUUCGUCACUGCUAUGUACAAUAUACUUCAAAAAGAAGAUGAAAAAGGAAUCCUGUGUGAAGAGAUAUUGGAAAAUACCACACAACCAAAAAUUGAAUUGAUAAAAAUCGCUGUUAACAGUACAUUAUCUAAGCAUUCCUUGACUGAAACAGAAAUUAUUGAAAAGUUUAGUGAUUUCUUGAAAAGUGAAAAUGAAGUAUUGGGUCCGGCAUUCAAAAAUAUUACUAAGGGUGAUUCUAAUUUACUUCAACACGUUUUGGGCCGUAUAACAGAUUCAAUUUCUUUUGUAAAAACUGACCAAGAUGCUGCGGAAUCCUUGCAAAAAGCAAUUGUGUCAGCUGUACAAGAAUCAAGUGCUGGUGAGCUACAAAGUAUGCUUCAAAAUACUGACAAAAAGGAUUUAAAAGAAUUAAUACUUCAAUCCAUAGGCCUUGCCCGCGUAUUAGGCAUGAGUGACGUGGCAAAGAGCUUGUUAUCUUUGGUAAAUGAUGAUCUUAGUUUAUCUAAAAUUGAAGGUGAUGAAACUAGCAUGAACAUUCUAAAGAGACUGACAGUGAUGCGAAAACUAGCUGAACAAACACCCGAUUUACAAGCCACGCUACUGAAAUUAGAAAAAAAUCCAGAAUUAGCUCGCUCCGACCCUAAAAUGAGGGAACUGGUGCGAGAAAGUGCUGCUCUUAUGAUUAUACCUGAAGAAUCGCCUCUUAUGACUUCCGAUGACGUCCCGUUGAGUUUACUUCAACCGGAGAAUAGUCUCGCUAUGGAGGACUUCUUGUUUCAGCGUAAAAAAUGUCCGGGAGCAUUGUUAAUUAUGAAGAGAGGCCUGCAAGCGGUGGUACCUCGAGAAGCAAGCCGGGCCGUUUUGACGGGUGAAGUGGCAUAUUCGGUUCUAGAUGAAAACGGCAUACGCCAUUUCGAACCUUUACACGUAUUUUCAGCUCUUAACUUAAGUAAACCGAUAGCACAUCGCUUCAGUAUGUACAGCUGUCCGAUCGCGGAUGAAAAAGAUGAUGAUCUACAGUAUAUUAAUGGCUACUGCAACAUUAGUAACAGUCAAAUUAUAACGAGAAUGGGUGGUUGGGGACGUAGAUAUAGCGGUGUUAAUUUGGAUAAGGAAAAUAGAAGUAGAUACAAUACAUAUGAUAACACGCCUAGCUAUAAACGAUACCCGUCUAGAUCAUCUACGAGAUCUAGGUCUAGUUGUAGCAGAAGUCCGCCAAAGGUAGACGACGUCGUAGUAGCGUCUAGUGACUACACAGCGGCGGCAGAUGAUGAAGUCUCUGUCAAAGCUGGAGAUAUUGUCGAAGUUCUCGACACUAAAGCCGCCCUCGGUUCCAAGUCCCGGCUCGCUAGCGAGCUGGACGUGAACGUGGUCCUGCUGGACUCCACGGCAGCGAAGCACAAACUCGCUGUGCGUCCAAAGAAAAAUCACCCGAAAGUGAAAGCCAUUCCUAAGCAAAACGGAGAGAGAUGGCUGGUGCGUGUGGUGGACGACGUGGAGGAGGAGCAGCUGCGCACGCGGCAGGGCUUCGUGCCCGCGCACGUGCUGCGCGAGCGCCCCGAGCGGGACGCCACCGCGCUCGCUGCCAGGCGACAAGCCGUGGUCCGCGAAUUAAUCGAGACUGAAGAGGAGUUCGGCAGGGACAUGCAGCAAGUGGUCAGCCAGUACAUGCGGCCGAUGGACAAGGCCACAACACCCAAAGCUGUGUUCGACUGCCGAGAGUUCCUCUUCGCGAACUUUAAGCAAAUUUGCGAGUUUCAUAAUACGACCCUGCUAGAAGGCAUAAAGUACUACGCAGGAGAGCCCCGUAUGCUGGGCAGAGCCCUCUUGCGUAUGGAGCGGGAGUUCGACAAGCACGUGGCAUAUUGCCGGGACGAGCCCAAAGCACAGAAGUUAUUGGCCAUACAUCCCGUGGUUAAGAAGUAUUUUCAGGACAUAGCUAAAAAAGUUGGAGACGACAAAGGCCUUCCCGAGCACCUUAAACUUCCGAUACAACGAAUCAACGACUAUCAACUCCUUCUUAAGGAACUAGUCAAGUACUCCAAACGUCUCGGCGACGAUUGUACUGACUUACAAAAGGCCUUGGAACUAUUUCUCGGUGUCCCAAACAGAGCGACUAACAACUUAUUCAUUGCGAGCAUCGAAGGCUAUCGCGGAAAUAUCUACAAGCUUGGAAGACUACUUACCCACGAUUGGUUCACAGUCGAAGUAGAAGGGAGGUCGAAAGAGCGGUAUCUUUUUCUGUUUAAGGCGAGGAUCCUCGUCUGCAAGAUCAAGAGGGUUGCUGACGAUAGAUCGGUGUUUGUUUUACAACAUAUCGUGAAGCUUCCUGAUUUAGAAAUCCAAGAUCACCCAGAUACACUUAAGUUUGAUCUUCACCAAAAGAAUCCACCUUUGGUCAUCACCCUCACAGCUCACAAGGACUCAGUUAAGACUGCUUGGCUUCGUGAAAUCAGACAAUACGCGAGUGAUCUUGUUGCAUUAGCAGAACACGCCGCAGACGAUCUGCAAGUAUUACCCCAAGAGGAAUACUUCGAAGCUGAAGACGAGUCAAAUAAAAGAGAGUACUCAGAAGACGAAGAAGACGGUCAAAAGGAGAAGAAGGCACGAACAGAAGAAGCUGCAGUUGAAGAACAAGAGGAAUCACUUCAAGUUACUACUAAGCGAAAAGCGUCACUUGAAAGUGAAGUCGCUCAGAAGAUAUCUAAAUCUGAACACGUAGAAAGUGCAUCUAUAAGUGAAGUCCAAGAAAUCUCUAGUACUCAAGAAGUCACAGCUGAUUUAGAAUCUAAAUCGAUUGUGAGACAAAUAAGUACUACAGUUAUUGAAACCGAUCAAACCGUUGAGGUCCAGGGUUCUGAAAAUAAAGUCGAAGUUGGAAUACACGAAGUAUCGGAAUCUAAACAAGUUUCAACAACACAAUCUGUUCAAGUUCAUUGCACAGAAGUAUCUACUCAGGGGUCUGUGGAAGAGGUAGUAGAAACUACUAGCAAGACACAGAUCAGCGAAGAGAAUACUGAAAUAAAGCAAGACAACUUGGUCGCUGAAUCACAACAGUCUGCUAAAGAAGUUGAAAGUGUUUCGAUUGUACAAAAGCAGGAACUUGAGAAACCAGUUUCUGAAAAUACACAACAAACUUCUCUAGUAUCAACUGAACAAUCUGAAACAUCUAAAGAAGAAAUCAAAGAAGAAUCAACAGGAGCGGUCGCAUCUGUGCAUCAAGCAGAUAAAUCUGAAGUUACAUCUGUCGGGGAAUUCAAAGCUGAGGUUGAAAGUGUUUCUGUUGAAAAAACACAAGAUCUAGAAACAUCUACCAAAGAAGAUCAGAAAGUUACUACAGAAUUAACAACAACCAGUAAAGAUUCAGUAUCUGAUCAAAAGGAAUUGAAACGAGGUUCUAAAACUAAGCGCAAUUCAAAAAAGAAAGCUGAUACUAAAACUCAGGAAACAAAAACAGUAGAACACAUUGAAGUUGAAGCUGUUUCUGAAGUAACAGCAGAAGUUGUUAAUGUUAAAACAACUGAAACAUCGAUCCAAGAAAAUAAAACAGAGGAAUCUAAAGAGGUUAAACAAAAUACCACGAGUUUGAAUAACAAUAAUAAAGAAGUACCAGAUCUUGAAACAAAACAGUCGCUAUUAGAAUCAAAUACAGAAUCUAAGCGAUCUGAAGAUACUGUUUUAGAAGAAAGCCAAACUGUUAAUCAAGAGGAAAGCGCUGAAGGAGAGAUGUCGAGAUACAGCCGCAGUUCGCGGCUCUCUGGAGAGUACUCCAGUAGUACUCGCAAAUCAUCAACAGGUGGUCGCUAUGAGUCUUCGGCCGAUGGAGGUAUCUCCUCUUACUCAUCUCGCCGUGAGAGUGGUUCUCAUAUAGAGAGCAGUCGCUAUGAUAUCGGAGGUAUUGAAGGCUCUGCUGGAUCGAAGUACGAAUCUAAGUACUCAACAUCUAGCGCCAUCGAGGGAGGAUCGAAAUACGGCGUCGAGUCGAGUUAUGAGAGUAGGAGCUCAAUCAAAGAUGGCUCCAAGUACGGUGUCGAAUCGAGUUACGAGAGUAGGAGCUCCAUCAGGGACGGUUCCAAGUAUGGAAUAGGGUCCGGUUACGAAAGAAGUAACUCGAUUAAAGAUGGCUCGAACUACGACGUUGAGUCGAGUUACGAAAGUAGGAGGUCCAUUAAAGGUGGUUCUAAGUAUGACGUUGAUUCCUAUGAUAGCAGGAGCUCGGUCAAGGAUAGCUCGAAGUACGCUCUCGAAUCUAACUACGAAAGAAGCAACUCCAUCAAAGAUUCAAAGUAUUCGGUAGAAGAGACCGAUACUGAAAGCAAAAUAAAUAACAUUGCAGCCAAGUACGGUCUGAACAAUAAUAUCGAGACUACCGAAAACAAGUCAAUCAAGCAAAGCAUCGAAGCCAGCUACGAUGUAGAUCUAGACGCUCCCAGCAAAAUCGACAGUAUUGCUUCGAAAUACGGUCGCAAUUCGAUCACCAGCAGCUCUAACGUCGAAGCUCGCUCCACAAGAUUGAACAUUGAAACCAGUUUAGACGGAAAUAAUGUUGAAGCUAAGGCAGUAGCUGAAUCUAAAUACUCCAAGAAAAGCUCCAAGAAUGGUGAAUCCGCAUAUGAGAGCGAAUAUUCGAAGAAAUCAUUAACCAAUGGAUCGGUAACCGAUCAGUUUAUAUCCGAAAAAUCGGUUUCCAAAUCUGAAUCUUUUGAUGGAAAGCCGAUUUUCUCGAAGACUCUAGAAGGGCAGAACAUCGAGCCCGGUGAGAAUGCGAUGUUCGAAUGCAAGAUUAGUUCUCUGGAAGAGGUUAAAGUGACUUGGCUGAAGGACAACAAGCCUCUGACGGACCGUUUGAUGGAUCGAGUGAAUAUAGUGAACUCGGGGGACGUCCAUAGACUAGAGGUGAUGCAUUGUAGAGAGAACGACUCGGGCUUGUACACCGCGCGGGCUGAAAACGUGAAGGGCAACGCCCAUUGCACCGCGCAGUUGAUUGUACAUGAGCUGACUCCGGAAGAAAGGAAACUAAAGAAUGCUCAGAAUGCACCUUACUUCUUGGUAGCUCUGAAGGAUACUGAGAUAUUGUUGAAUACAUACUUGCGCUUUAUGGUCAAGGUGAAGGGAACACCUAAUCCUGAAGUGAAAUUCUACCGCGAAGGCAAAGAAAUCAAAACCACGUUGGACAGCGACCGUGUGUCCAUAGUCCGUACUCGCGCUGAGAAGGGCUGCUACGAGCUUGUCAUCUCUGAUGUGAAUGCUGGAGAUGCUGGUACUUAUUCCUGCAAAGCCAUCAAUAUAUAUGGGGAAGUGGAGUCUGAAGCCACUGUUACUGUUGUUGAUGACAAGAAUAUUUUCGGGGAGCUUUUGCCGGGCGGUGAAGGUUUACUAGCAAAGGGAGAGAAGCCUGUAUUUGCGUGGAAGCGCGAUGGCCUUGAAUUUGACCCUGAAGAGAGGUUCAAGGUUCUCCUCGGAGAUGAUGAGGAUUCCCUAGCGCUGGUGUUCCAGCACGUCAAACCUGAAGAUGCUGGACUAUACACAUGUGUCGCUAAGACCAGCACUGGAAAUAUUUCCUGUUCCGCCGAACUUACUGUGCAAGGUGCCGUAAACUACUUACACCGUGAGCCCGAAAAGCCCACCCUUGAGAUAGAACAUCGGGAGCCAGUUGUAUCGAGUGGAGGGUCCGCCAUGUUGGAAGUAGUAUGCAAGGGCUACCCCAAACCCACCGUGGUGUUCAAGCACAAGGGCGAGGUGGUGGAGGCUGAUGCUAGGCAUAAGUUCCUCCACGAAGACGACGAGAACAUGUCACUUGUAAUCAAGAACGUCACAGUGGCUGACAGUGGUGUGUAUGAAGUGACAGCUUCCAACGAUCUUGGUGAUGAUACAACCACCUUCAACCUGGUGGUCACAGCACCACCCAAGAUUAAGAAGAAGAUCGAGAACCAGACUUGUAUGGUGGAAUCAACACACACAGUACGCAUCGAAGUAGAAGGCACUCCAUCACCAGACGUGACCUUCUACAAGGAUGGGGCUCUCAUCACCAGCUCGGAGCGCAUCAUCAUCACCAAGGAGUCGGAGGAGGUGUACACCAUCACCAUUAAGGAUGCCAAGCUUACUGAUACUGGGUCUUACUCUGUGGUUGCUAAGAACGAAGUGAACCAAUGCUCCGACUUCUGGCAGUGGCUGGUGACGUCACCGCCCAAGGUCACCAAGAAGCUUGGAAGCUCGAAGGUCUGCGAUGAGAAGGAAACUGUUACUUUCGAGAUUCAGACUGAAGCUGAACCAGCUCCUACUGUAACUUGGUUCAAGAACAAAACAGAGCUGAAGGAAUCAUCAGCAAUCAAGAUAUCAUCAUCUGGUGAAGCACACAAGCUGGUCAUCACCUCCGCUGCGAGGGCUGAUGCUGGAGAAUACUCCUGUGAGAUCCGCAACGUGCACGGCUCAAGCAGCGAUUCCUGCUUACUGCACGUGCGUUGCGCGCCGCAGUUCACACGGCGCUUGGAGAACAGGACCGCUAGUGAGGGAGAUGUUAAUGUGGAGUUCACUGUCGAUGUCGAUGCUUAUCCGGAACCUAAAGUGCAGUGGUACUUAGGAGACGUGGAAAUCACCGAAAAGAAGACAGUCUACAGUCGUGUGGACAACGGCAGCACACACAAGCUGAUAUUGAAGGAAGUGUCCGCUGAGAUGUCUGGACAGUACACUUGUAAGGUGUCCAAUGAGCUGGGCGCUGAUUCCUGCCAAGCCACUUUCACCGUUAAUAGGAAGCCCCGCAUCACCAAGAGUCUGGUAGACAUGACAGUUGACGAAGGCCAAACCCUGAAACUGGAGGUAGAAGUGGAAGGUUGUCCCGAACCGAAGGUCAAAUGGUACAAGGAUGGUAAAGAGGUCACAACUGACGCUAGAAUCAAGAUAGAAAGAGACACACAGAGGUUAGAGAACUAUAACCUGACGGUAACUCUUAUCAAAGAAGAAGAUGGCGGAGAAUAUGAAGUUCGCGCAGAAAAUGAAAUGGGAAGUGUAUCUUCCAAGAGUACUGUCACAGUACACACCAGAGAAGUACACUCGAGAUUCAUUAAAGAAACUAUGCAAGAAAAUGAACUUGACGACGAAAGAAAACAGUCGAAAAUGGUAAAAGAAAAGGAAAUGGACGAUGGAGGUAAGAAAAAAGCUAAAAAGGGAAAAACAGAACCUGAAACAGCAGAGGAAAAAUCCAUUUUAGAUGACACAGACAGUGCUAAGGCUAAAUCAGUUUCUUUCGAAGAGGUCGAUCAGCCAGCUUCAAACAAGGCUAAAAAAUCAAUUACUGAACCUGAAACAGUAGAAGAGAAAUCAGUUCUGGAUGAUGAAAGUAACAAGAUCAAAAAAGUUAAAAAUGAAGAUCUUGAUCAACCAAAAUUAAAUAAAGCCAGAAAAUCGAUAACUGAACCAGAAGUAGCCGAAGAAAAGUCGUUGGUAGAUGAUAAAGACAUGAGUGGAAAGAAAGACAGCAAGAUUGAAGAAGUUCAGAAGCCGUCGCAAAAUAAAGGUAGAAAAUCAUUCUCAGAACCAGAAGUGGCUGAAGAAAAAUCAUUUUGGGAUGAUGUUGAUGACGAUGGUAAGGCUAAAGCCAAGAAGGUAGAUGACAUUGCAGCCACACCACAGAAACCUAAAAAAUCUGUAACGGAACCUGAGGAAGCGGAUACUGGUUCUUUCUGGGAUGAAAACCAUAAUGAACAAAACAAAAAGCCCAUUAUUGAAGAAAUAGAAAAUGAACCUCAACAAGUGCAAACAGACGUCACCAAACCUGAAAUAAUUGAAGAAGUAGAUAUUGUUGUAGAUAUCAAGAAACAAAAUAAGAAGCCUAUCAUUGAAGAAGUUGAAACUGAGCCGCAACAAGGGCAAAAGGACGUCACCGAGCCAGAAAUAAUUGAGGAAGUAGAAAUAAAAUCGCCGAAACGUAAAUCAAUUAAAAAACAAUCAAUUGCUGAAGAACCGUUGAGUGCUGAAACCGAAGGCCGAGUUUUCGAAACAGUAACCACAUUCAAGUCAGGUGAUGAUGGCUCGAUUAUCGUAUCCAAAGUCAGCAGCUCUCGCUCACAUGGCGCUAUUAUAACAGGUCCAGCCGAAACGCGCACUUUACAUAAAAUGACUUCAACGUCCGUGCAUUUUGAGGAAUGUGAUGAUGAUGAGUAUGAUAGAAAAGUUAUCCUACCGAAUACACCGCAUACAACUUCACUCGAAGUGGAAGAAAUUGCUAGUCACAGUUACUAUUUAUCCGAACUUGGAUAUUACACAAUACCUGACCAUGUAAGGCGGGGAAUUUACGGACUGAUUGAGGAACCGCAAACUGACUCUGAUGCUGACUCUAAUCCUCGAAUGGGUCGAUCAACUCGCAACAGAACUAUAUCCAUUAGAUCCGUCUCCGAAGACGAUAUUAGCUGGCAAAAUGAUUCUUUGUCCCGUGAAAUUUCUAUUGAAGACCUUUCCAAAUCUAUUUUCGAAAUAGAUGAAACGAAGAAAGUAUUCAGUAAAGACUCAUACGUGCGUCAAACUUCUUUCAAAGAAGAUUACUUUACGAAUGAGGGGGAGGAGGAAUCGGUUAUAUUGAAAGAGAAAUCGGAAAAGGUGUUCGAAAACGAUGUCACAGAAAGACUGAUACACAUAUCGAGGGAAUUCGAAGCAAACGAAUAUAUGAAAGACGAUAGUAAAAGAGACGAUAUUAAAAGUAGGCUUUUAGAAGAGUUAGUGAUGGAGCCGAUGAAAAGCUUUGAUAAUAUAACAAAAAAUGUUGCGGAAACUACAGUAGAGAGGAGGAAAAAAGGUUCCAGUUUAUUUAGUGUCGCGGAGGAGGAAGACGGAGAUAUUGAAGAUUUACUAAAACGAAGUCAGAGGCAGAGGAGCAUUUUAGACGAAAUUAUAAAUACGGAAGAUGUCAAAGCAUCACCCACAUUAAAAGAAAGCAGCAUGAAGGACGGCCACACUUACGAGUCCUUGCCUCUGGUGUACACGGUACAAGCGGCUGGUUCUCCGAAGCCAACAGUACGCUGGCUGCACGACGGUAGCGAAGUUAAGCCAGAUAGCAGAGUUCAUAUCACCAAUGAUGGAGAUGUGUACAAGCUAGAGAUAGACGCUGUAGAUCUGAAGGAUAUGGGCAAGUGGCAGUGUGAGAUAAGUAACAAGUUGGGUAAACAAGUGCUGGAUGCUCAGUUGGAUGUAUCACCGGUCGCGGAAUACCGCAAGCCCAUAUUCAAGCAACCACUCGAAGCGCAACGAGUUAUGCAACGCGAACCAGUCACACUCAAGGCAGUAUGUACUGCUGACCCGUUACCGCACGUGGCUUGGCUUCUCAACGGCAACGUGAUAGUACCCGAUGCGACGGUCACUACCAGCGCUGAUUCUAAGGAUCUGGAACAUGGAUUGAAGGAAUGCAUCUUUACUUUGCAUAUACCUACUGGUCGUCACCAAGACACCGGAGAAUACACCAUCCAAGCCAAGAACCAGUAUGGAGUAGGGGAAUGUUCAGCUCGUCUUGACAUUCUGUUGAGACCACAGAUCGAACCGCUGAAGGACAUCACCACUGUACCGUAUGAAGAAACCACCUUCAUCACUAAGAUUAAAGCGAAUCCCAUUGCCGAGGUUAAAUGGAGCAAAGAUGGCUACGUAAUCCAGCCCACAACAAACAUCGAAAUAUCUCAAGACAUACCUUCAGAAACGUACAGCCUCACCAUCAAGAAAGUCGGCGUGACUGACGCGGGAGUGUACACUGUUACCGCUAAGAAUGAAAUCGGGGAAUCGGCUCAACAGGCUAAACUUACUGUGCAUACAAACGAGCCAGUAUUCACAAAACCGUUACAAAAGCAAACAGUCAAAGACUACGACGACCUCACCCUCACAGUGCGUUGUGACGGAGUACCGAAACCCCAAGUGAAAUGGUACAGAGAGGGAAUCGAACUUGUGAACGAUGAGCGACGGACUAUAACCACUGAGGUGGGGGGACAAGUGGACAGUGAGCUGGAGAUCAAGCACUUUAAUGCUGGAGAUGCUGGCAAGUACAAAGUGGUAGCCAUGAACCUCUCCGGCGAAGCGACCACGGAAGCCAUGAUAUCCCUCGCGCAGCUGGCCCCAGGGUUCGUGCACAAGCUGGAGCGGCAGCUGGACGUGGAUGAGGGAGAGCCUCUCGAGCUGAAGGCCAAGGUGGACGGGAGCCCUAUACCCACGGCUAUGUGGUACAAAGACGGUGUCAAACUGCCAGCAGACGAUCACAUCAAGCAAACGGCUCUACCAGACGGCACGAUCAAGCUGAGCAUCGAACGCGUGACCCCCGCGGACUGCGGCGCGUACAAACUGGUCAUUAGCAACCCUAAUGGGGAGCAUUCGGCCCUGUGUGCUGUGGCUGUUAACCCUACUCCUCGCAAACCAUCAUUCAGCCAAGAGCUAGAAGACGUGAAGGUGGUUGUUGGUCAGCCAGUGAAACUGGAAGCCAGAGUUAUGGCCUUCCCAGCACCGGAAGUCAAGUGGUUCAAGGAUGGUCUGCCCAUCCGUCCGAGUCAAGCGGUGAACUUCAUCAACCAACCGGGCGGUAUCAUCGGUCUGGCAAUAGACGCCGCUCGACCUGAAGACGCGGGACAAUACUCACUGACGCUCUCCAAUAAGCUUGGAGACGCUGAUUCGAAGGCUACUGUUGAGGUUGGACAAAAAGAGCGCAAACCGGCAUUCAUAGCAGAGCUGAUGCCCGCUAAAGUGAUCGAAGGAUUCCCGGUGAAAAUGGAAGUCAAAGUUCUAGGACAUCCUCCACCGAUUAUUAAGUGGACACACAACGGCAAAGAAAUCGUCCCAGACGGUGAACGUAUUCGCGUGGUAUCGCAACCUGAUGGAACCCACGCGUUACUUCUAAGCAAAGCAAGUGCUGAAGAUGGCGGGAAAUACGGUGUUGUCGCUAUCAAUGAUAAGGGAGAAACGGCCAGCAAUGCUGAGCUUAGUGUUGCCAGUCGAACAGACGACUCCAGCCCAGAAGAACGUCCACAAUUCCUACAAUCUCUCCGAGAGACAACGGGUGAUGAAGGCCAGCCACUCACCCUCAGCGCGCCGUUCCACGGAAACCCUGUACCAGAAGUGGCCUGGACCAAGGAUGGACAGGAUCUGAAGCCCAGUGACAGGAUCCUACUCACUUGUGAUGGAAAACGGGUUGGUCUCGAGAUAAACCCGCUUAAGUUAUCAGACGCGGGUGUAUACUCUGUGAAGUUAAUCAACCCGCUCGGAGAAGACAAAACCGAGGGCAAAGUUAAUGUCAGGAAGGUUUACCAGCCACCGGCAUUUACGCAACGAUUCACUGACUUGCAACAGCUACCCUCAUUCGACGCGAAAUUCCCGGCCCGUAUCAGUGGCAUUCCAGCCCCAGAAGUCACGUGGUACAAGAAUGGCACGCAACUAUCUCCCUCUAACAAGUAUACGAUGAAGCGAGACGGCGAUAUGUGGUGCUUGUAUGUGAGAGAUAUAACGAGCGAAGACGCGGGACAGUACAAGUGUGUGGCGAAGAAUAGAGAGGGACAGGCUGAGUGUGAAGCUGCUUUGGAGGUGGUUGAUAAAAUCUCUCGUCGUGAGAAAGCAGAAGCGCCAUCUUUUCUCAAGAAGAUCGGUGACGUGGAAGUGUUCCGCGGACUUAGUGCAAAGUUCACAGCUUGUGCUACCGGCUCACCUGACCCGGAUGUUGAAUGGUUCCGUAACGGCGACAAGCUGUUCCCGUGCGAGCGAAUUCGCAUGGACAAAGAGUCUACCGGUCUACUGCGUCUCACCAUCAGUGGAGUAGAACCGUCCGAUGUCGGCACAUACAAGUGCAGGAUAUACAACCCGCAUGGAGAUGCUGAGUGUUCUGCGCAGCUCACUUAUGAUACGCUAGAACCCCAAUCGGGCAAGAAGCCCCUCUCGGACCAGUACUCCGAGUUCGACAAGAUGAAGCAGACCGGAGUGCCGAUGCCGCUGUCCGACAAGCCGAUCAUCUCCCGCAUGGCCGACCGACAUCUCACGCUCUCGUGGCGGCCCAGCAUCCCGCACAGACCGAGAUUCCCCGUUACUUAUCAGGUGGAAAUGUGCGAGCUACCAGACGGCGACUGGUUCACAGCCCGCACGGGACUCCGUUCUUGUGUCUGCGAUAUCCGCAACCUUGAACCCUUCCGCGACUACAAGUUUCGGGUUCGAGUCGAAAACAAGUUUGGUGUCAGCGACCCUUCGCCCUACGCCAUCACACACCGAGCUAAACUCGAACCAGACCCGCCCAAAUUCAUACCUUAUUUGGAACCUGGUAUCGACUUCCGUCCAGAAACAUCUCCAUACUUCCCCAAAGACUUCGACAUUGAGCGACCACCUCACGAUGGAUAUGCGCAAGCGCCGAAGUUCUUGCGUCAGGAAUACGACUCUCAGUACGGUGUGAAGGGCCAUAAUGUGAACUUGUUCUGGUUCGUGUAUGGCUACCCUAAGCCCAAGAUGACGUAUUACUUCAAUGAUGAGCUGAUUGAGGGCGGGGGACGGUAUGAUUCGAGCUAUACAAGGAAUGGACAAGCGACGCUGUUUAUUAACAAAAUGCUAGAACGCGACGUGGGUUGGUACGAGGCAGUAGCCUCCAACGAGCACGGCGAAGCUCGACAACGGGUUCGUCUCGAACUAGCAGAAUACCCGACCUUCAUCAGAAGACCGGAAGAAGCUGUUGUUCUACUGCGGAAGACCGUGAGACUGGAGGCCAGGGUCACUGGCACCCCGUAUCCAGAAAUCAAGUGGUAUAAGGACUGGCAGCCACUGGCUCCUUCGUCCAGGAUUAAGAUGCAAUUCAUAGAACCAGAUACAGUGAUCCUAGUGAUCCACGAUGCGAUCCUAAAAGACGAAGGGUUAUACUCUGUGUCUGCGCGAAAUGUAGCUGGUUCAGUAUCGUCCUCCGCCAUGCUGCAUGUGGAGGAGUAUGAGCAUGAGUACUCGUCUAGAAUCCGCGAACACCCACCCCGUAUAAAGGCCAGCUCGAAGCCGUUCGGUGAUUUCUACGAUCUCGGUGACGAGCUCGGUCGUGGUGUUCAGGGUGUGGUAUAUCAUGCUGCUGAGAGACUUACAGGUCGAAACUACGCAGCGAAGAUAAUGCACGGUCACUCCGAGCUCAAGCCGUUUAUGCGCAACGAGCUAGAGAUCCUGAACCAACUGAACGACCGCCAUCUUGUACGGUUGUACGACGCGUACGAACAUGAACACACGCUUGCGUUGGUUACUGAAUUAGCUGCGGGUGGGGAGCUUGUCAGGGACCGUCUGCUCCGAAGCCAGGGCUACACAGAGCGUGAAGUGGCCGGAUAUAUCCGCCAGCUGUUGCGUGGUCUGAAGCACAUGCAUGAUAAUAGCUAUGCGCAUUUGGGACUUACCAUCGGCGAGCUCCUCCUAUCCCACGCGGGUUCCGACGAGCUAAAGAUCUGCGACUUCGGCUUAUCCCGGAGGAUCCAUCUCAACCAGCACUCGUCUCUGAACUACGGGAUGCCGGAGUUCGUUGCCCCGGAAGUGGCUAGUGGGGAGGGGGUCGCGUUUCCGGCGGAUAUGUGGAGUGUGGGGGUCAUUACGUACAUCCUGUUGGGUGGCAGGUCGCCGUUCAGGGGGGCGAAUGAUAUGGAGACGUUGAUAAGGGUUAGGGAAGGGAAGUGGGAGUGGUACGACGAAGAAUGGUGGUCCAGAUUCAGCCUCGAAUCUCGUGACUUCAUCUCAAAGCUGCUAGUGCUGAACUGGCGCGAACGACUCGACGUGGACUCUGCGCUUGCGCAUCCCUGGCUUAGUCUCGCUGAUAAAAUAUAUAAAGAUGAAUAUAUUAUAUCUACUGAUAGAUUGAGGGGAUACUAUAAUUCGUAUAAGGAAUGGACCAGCAAUGCGUCAUGUCGCACGUGGUUCCGGCGCCGGCCGCUGGAGGGCGCCUUCACACACCCCUCCAGGAUGGUCUACCCGCCCGGGGAGAUAUACACUCCUGAGGGUACGCCCGACCGCGACCUCACGCCGCACGACCGCAAGCCGGCCCCGUGGGACAAUCAGUUCAAGCAGUGGGACCAUCCCGACUGGGAAGUGUCCGCUAAAUCUGAGAGCCACUACCAGAACGGGCCGGACACGUACCUGCUGCAACUCCGCGACACGCAGUUCCCGGUGCGUCUCCGCGAGUACAUGAAGGUGGCCUGCAACCGCUCGCCUGCUUACAACCUCAGUGUACAUGAUGCGUAUGAUCCUAGGACACCCAUCAUUCGUGAGCGUCGUCGCUUCACCGACGUCAUGGACGAAGAAAUAGACGACGAAAGGAAAGAGAGAAUCAACAAUUACGGCACCGAGAGCUACACCAUCCGCCGGCUCAGGCACGAGCUCGGAACCAGACUCGACAGCUACGCUGAAGCUCAAGCCUUCAUGGAGUCCAAAAAGGAUGGCCACUUACCAUUCUUCAGAGAGAAACCCCAAGUUCUACCCAUAAGAGAAGGAGAACCAGCUCAACUCUCUUGCUACGCGGUCGGUGAUCCGAAACCCAUUAUCCAAUGGUUCAAAAACGACAUGGUCAUAGCUGAAGGACAACGCAUCAAAAUCGUUGAAGACGACCAAGGCAGGUCCACAUUAACCUUCGACCCAGCGAUGCAUCAUGACAUCGGCUUCUACAAAGUCGUAGCGAGGAAUAAAGUGGGACAAACCGUUGCAAGAACAAGGAUCGUCGAAGCCACGAUUCCUGAUGCUCCUGACAGUCCUACAGCUACCGAAGUGUCCGACACAGAAGUACUUCUCAGGUGGAAGCAACCGAAGUACGAUGGCAAUUCGCCUGUAGUAUGCUACAGUCUGCAAUACAAGGAAGGAGACAGCGUCGAAUGGAAAACCGUAGCCGAGAACAUUGACCACGAAUUCUUCGUCAUCAGAGACCUUGUACCAAACACUAGCUAUCAAUUUAGACUCUCAUCUCGUAAUAGAAUCGGCUGGAGUGACAAAGGAAUCCCUACCAACUUGGUAAAGACCAAAGAAUCUGGCGCCCAGAAGGUCCAAGUCACGAAAGCGAUGAAACACUUGCAGCAAAUGACUGAAUCUGGACAAGAAAUCGUUCUAGAUGAAGAUAGACCGAAAUUAGAUUACGGAACUGAAGAGAACCCGCCAGAAUGGGGAACAGCUGAUGACUUCACGGAAAGAUAUAGUUUCGUAUCCGAAUUGUGGCGAGGUAAAUUCUCGAUUGUCGUCAAAGGAAUAGACAAGAAAGACGACAGCGUGGUCGUCGCGAAGAUUCUAGAAAGUCGACCGGAAACGGAAGUCCAGAUUCAAAGGGAGUUCGAAUGCCUGCGUCGUUUGAGACACGAGAGGAUAUCCAACUUAUUAGCUGCUUACCACACCCCUGGUACACCUGUAGCUGCGUUAAUUCUAGAGAAGUUACAAGGCGCGGAUAUAUUAACCUAUUUGUCUAGUCGACAUGAAUACACGGAGCAAAUGGUAGCGACUAUAAUCACUCAGGUGUUGGACGGGUUACAGUACUUGCACUGGCGGGGUUACUGCCACUUGGACUUGCAGCCUGAUAACGUGGUGAUGGCGUCUGUGAGGUCGAUACAGGUGAAGCUGGUCGACUUUGGUUCAGCGCAUAAAGUUACUAAGCUUGGUACUAGUGUGCCGCAAGUUGGCGAUUUGGAAUAUAAAGCACCAGAAAUAAUAAACGACGAGCCAGCGUACCCACAGACAGACAUAUGGUCGGUCGGAGUCCUAGCAUAUAUCUUACUGUCGGGUGUUUCGCCCUUCCGGGGCUCCGACGACGCGGAGACCAAACAGAACAUCUCCUUUGUGAGAUACCGCUUCGAGCAUUUGUAUAAGGAGAUCACUCAGGAAGCGACCCGUUUCCUAAUGUUCGUGUUCAAGAAGGUCCCACUGAAGCGUCCGACCGCGGAGGAGUGCCCCGAGCACCGCUGGCUGCACCACACAGACUUCAUGCACAGGAAACGGGAACGCGCUGUGUUCCUCGGGAACCGGCUCAAGGAGUUCUCAGAAGCAUACCACGAGCGCAAGUCCCGCGAAGCAUCAGAAGCCGACUCCAUCACAGCGGCCUUCGGUAACAUCGCACCGCGACACCUAACCCGCUCCAACAGUAUACAAGACGAAUUGCAGACUAACUUCUCAGCGCAAUAACGAUAGAUCGAAUAUCAUGUUAUCUUCAAAAUUUUCCCAAAUUGUUUGGUUAUUUUAUACGAACGGUUUUGAAAAAUUGUGAAUAGAUUACUUUUUAAUGUCAUACUCGUCAAGUACAAAAUGAACGCACCCUUAGUGGCUGUCAAUGUCAAAAUCAAUUUUUUUGGCAGUUUUUCAAAUUACUCGAACAUCGACAACAUUUUUUCACGUUUUAUUCUUCAUUAUUCAUGUAAUAAGACUUAACGACAUUUAUUUGUAAAUACACUAACUAUUUAUAUGGAGUUGUUGGAACUUGUUUAAAAUAUACAAAUUUACAUUG